GCGGGCCGCCCAGAGGGAUCGGUGCCGGGUGCCCGCGCCGCGCGCCGGGCCGCGGACGAGGCUGCCCCAGGCGGGCAGCGGUGGCGCGGGGACGGCUCGGGAGCCCGAUCCUGGGAGCCUGGAGCCCGGCAGGGCCAUGGGGGCCGGGGCCGGUGGGCCGGGCGUCCUGGCGGCGCUGCUGUUCGCGGUGUGCGCCCCGCUCCGGCUGCAGGCGGAGGAGCUGGGUGAUGGCUGUGGGCACAUAGUGGCCUCUCAGGACAGUGGCACGGUGACAUCUAAGAAUUAUCCAGGGACGUACCCCAAUCACACUGUGUGUGAGAAGACCAUCACGGUCCCGAAGGGGAAGAGACUCAUUCUGAGGUUGGGAGAUUUGAACAUUGAGUCCAAGACCUGCGCUUCUGACUACCUUCUCUUCACCAGUCCAACCCAUCAGUACGGUCCAUAUUGUGGGAGUUGGACUGUUCCCAAAGAACUCUGGGUGAACUCAAGUGAAGUGACUGUCCGAUUCCAGAGUGGAUCUCACAUUUCUGGUCGGGGCUUUCUGCUGGCCUAUGCCAGCAGUGACCAUCCAGAUUUAAUAACUUGUUUGGACCGAGGCAAUCAUUAUUCGGAGGAAAAAUACAGCAAAUUCUGCCCAGCUGGUUGUAGAGAAAUAGCAGGAGAUAUUUCUGGGAAUAUGAAAGACGGCUACAGAGAUACCUCUUUGCUGUGCAAAGCUGCCAUCCACGCAGGGGUCAUCGCAGACGAACGAGGUGGCCGCGUCAACCUGCUGCAGAGCAAAGGCAUCAGUCACUAUGAGGGGACCCUGGCCAACGGUGUGCUGUCGCGACAUGGAUCCCUGUCAGAAAAGCGCUUUCUGUUUACCUCCACAGGAAUGAAUAUUACAACCGUGGUUAUUCCGGCAGUGAUCUUCACCACUCUCCUUCUGGUUGGAAUGGGGGUCUUUGCCGUCUUCAGGAAAAGGAAGAAAAAAGGAAAUCCGUAUGUAUCAGCAGAGGCUCAGAAAACAGGCUGCUGGAAGCAGAUUAAAUAUCCCUUUGCUAGGCGUCAAUCGAACGAAUUUACCAUCAGCUACGACAAUGAAAAGGAGGUGACACAAACGUUGGAUCUUAUCACUAGUGAUGUGGCAGAUUAUCAUCAGCCUCUCAUGAUUGGCACCGGAACAGUCACGAGAAAGGGCUCUACCUUCCGGCCCAUGGACACAGACACCGAGGAGGCCAAGGUGAACACUGAGGCCGGUGGCCACUAUGACUGUCCUCACCGCCUGGGCCGCCAUGAGUAUGCAUUGCCCUUGACUCACUCGGAACCGGAGUACGCCACACCCAUCGUGGAGCGGCACCUGCUGCGAGCGCACACCUUCUCCACGCAGGACGGCUACCGGGUCCCCGGGCCCAGGCCCUCUCACAAACACUCCCUUUCCUCCGGAGGGUAUCCCCUUGCUGCAGGGGCCACCCAGAGCCAAGGCUAUCAGAGGCCAGCGAGCCCCAAGCCUGUGGGUGGUGGCUAUGACAAGCCUGCCGCCAGUAGCUUCUUGGACAGCAGAGACCCCUCCCCUCAAGUGCAAAUGACUCCUGGGGUGGACGAUGGUUAUUCAGCACCCAGAAACGGCCUUGCACCCCUCAACCAGAUGGCCAUGCCUGCUCUCUUGUGAACUCAAUGUGAAAGAAACCUGCUGUGGUACUGAGCGUGCUCUGCGGCUGCGCGAGUCACUGGAAGAGGUGCGCCUGGGUGUGUGACUCUUCAGGAUCCUAGAGACAACCUCACUUACUGUUUACAGAACUGUGCAGCGGGCUUUGUUCCUACCCGACCCUUCUGCAGAGCCGCUUGGUUUCCCUCGUGCUAGAACAAGGAGACUUUUCUCGUUGCUAACUGUGAUGUUGUGCUGUAAAAUGUGCAAUUUGUACAGUCGUAUUUAACAUGAACUAAAGUAAGGAAGUUGUGAUGCUUGUUUUCUACACAGGGUUUAAGCAGAAAACGUGGGACUUGCAGAGAUGUGGUAGGAUGUCUUCGUGUUUCUCAGUGUUUAUGUUUAUCUGACACUGUUAGCAGCAGGUCUGUUUAAAAAACAAAACAACAACAACAACAAAAAACCAAUCUGGUUGUGGUGGCUCAUUUCCUUUUUGAUAAACUAAUGAAAUUACUUGAAAUAUGAAAAGCGCACGGGGCAGGUGACGUUAGCUCUCUUGGCAGUGGAAUAUGCAAACAAGCACACACCUCAGCAGCCGCUGCCCUUGAGCAUGAGGGCAGCCCAGUGUCCUGGGCCUGUGUGGGACCCAGCUGCACCUCGAGGGACCUCGUUCUCUAAGGAGAGGGCCUGGCCUUAUUGCACAGUGUUCGCAAGCAAAUCUGCCCUUCCAGGGUGCUGAGAUCAAGGCAAUCCACGCUUUCCCUCCACAAAGUGUAAUGAAGGGUAGCAGAGCAAUUGUAGCUGGGGGUGGGGGGAGGCACAGUCCCGUAGUUCUAAGCCUCAGAUUACAAGCGAAGCUGAGUUCAGAAGGCCUGCUUCUCACCACGUUCUCCACAAAUAGUGUGCGUCGGCGACUUAUAUUAUCCCUGGGAAACAAGCCAGGGUUAUUUGAAAUGUGUUCUUCCGUGUGUCUAAAGCAUAGCUUUUCCAGUGGAGAGCUGGUAGCUGAGCCAGCGGUGUAAACAGCUGUGUCCUCCUAAAUAUGUGAUUAUACUCAUAGAGUAGCCCAGGGCUCGGCUGUACCUCAUGUUCCGUGUGUUUCCCCUGGGUUUUCUUUGUGAAUUAGCUGGGGGAUGUAACCUCUUGCCAAAGAGGAAAAAGUAUGUGUCUUGUUUGUUAAUAGAAAAUAUGGACCAAAAAACAAAAACACAAUCCUUCCUUUAAAAAUCGUAACCCUAUUUGUGUGAUUGUCAUUUUCUAUCAGUUCUGUGUUAAAAUAGGGUGCUGAAAGAUCGUGGCAGACUGUUUGGUGAUAGUGGAGGAUAAACCAUUUACUUAAUGGAGUUUACAUGAUUUUGUGUGUAUACUAAUUGUAAUAAACUAUGCCAAAUCAGAGA